CUAUGCGAAUUGAUAUUUAUCAGCCAUGAACGUCACGUGUUCCUAGUUCCUUACAGAUCUGUUUAUUGAAAUGUUAUUGUUUAUUGAUGAAAUAGUCGCCCGUGGAGGGAUGAGCAAUUGGUUCGAUGAUAAGAGCAAUUCUGUGGUAGGUCAUACAGCACGUUUUAUGUAUUAUUUCAGAAUUUUCGUAUUCUUAAAAGUCCCCAGCCUCUCAUGAAAGUCACUAGGCGUCUCGAAAUGUUUCUUGUAUAUUUCUCGAAAAGGAUAAAUAAACAAUUAAAGCUAAUUAGUAAGCAGUUAAAUGAAAGAGCAAUUUUUGUACUAUGUUUCACUAAUAUUGGUUAAUAUUGUGAACCAGCUUCACACGAGUCGAAAAUGUACAUAUGUACAUCCUGAUACAUCUCCUACUCAGUCCUCGCUUGAAGAUCUGUCAGAUAACGUUCGUAACACGUGUUGAUUUGAAAUUUUAAAAGUGACAAUGGUAUACUACUUUACAAGCGAAGUUGUUCAGCCAGCUGUAACAUUAUUUAUGGGACUUGACAAGCAUGAGAACGAGGAUCUUAUACGGUGGGGUUGGCCAGAGGAUGUUUGGUUUCAUGUUGACAAGUAUUCUUCGGCACACGUGUAUCUUCGCCUUCAACCGGGCCAAACAAUAGAUGAUAUUCCAAGCAUGGUCUUGGAAGACGCGGCACAACUAGUGAAAGCGAACAGCAUCGAGGGUAACAAAAUAAAUGAUAUCGAUGUUGUAUACACAAUGUGGUCUAAUCUAAAAAAGACUCAAGGUAUGGAAGUAGGACAAGUAGGCUUCCAUGAAGACAAAGAAGUUCGAAAAAUUCAUGUCUCUAAACGAGUAAACACAAUUGUCAAUCGAUUAAAUAAAACGAAACGUUCGGAGCAAGUGAAUUUUAGAGCAGAAAGGGAACAACGAGAUAAGAAUGAAAGAGAAGACAAAAAGAAGUUAAUGAGGGAACAGAAAGAACAGGAGAAGGCAGAAGAAAAGAGGAAAAAAGAAGAAGCAGAAAUCAGGAGCUACAAUUCCUUAUUCAAUACAUCUAAUAUGAUAUCGAACACCGACAAUAAUGGAUAUGAUUCAGACGACUUUAUGUGAUAACGUUAUGUACAACAUUAAUACCUUGUGCCUAAUUUACUACAGUCCUGGACAAUGGAAAUGUAUGUUUCAAACAGGCAGCACGUGUACAUUAAAAAUUGAAUGUUGAUACUGCUCGAAAAUGAAAUUAUUAGAUAUUACAAAGAUGGACAGUUUUAUUUAUAAAUAGUAUAGUAAAUACGAAAUAAGUGUAAAUUAUUCGCGUGCUUUUAUCAUUGAUAACUACAGUUAACUAUUGUAAAAUAUAUGAAAGUUUUUAAGAAGCUUA